UUGGCCGCUGAGAGUACAGUUAUGGCAUGUGUUAAUGGUGUUCAUAAUUCAUAGGAGUAGCUAUUAGGAGAUGUUAAUAUGCAUCUCUCUCCUCUCCUCCAAACCUAUAAAUAAAUUUGUUUUUUCAAAUCUUGAAGCAUAUUCAGAUUCAUACCACACUGGUGGUUGCUCUGCUGUACGGGGGGACACAGAGGGAAAAAAAUUGUUAUUAGAGAAACAAUGUCUUCUACAGGACUGCGGUUAAAUGCUCAAAAUGACUAUGUGGUGAUAAACAAUGGAGUAGUGGAAAUAACAUGGACAAAUCCAGGGGGAAUUAUCAGAGGGAUAAAGUACAAGGGAAUUGACAACUUGCUCGAACUAAACAAUAAAGAUUUGAAUGGAGGGUUCUGGGACCUUAAUUGGAGUGAGGCUGGUAGUACAAAAACAAGGGGAAAGUUUGACACAUAUAAGGUUUGGACCAAAGCUACUGCGUUCGGCCGAAUCCAUAGGAUAGAAGGGACAGAUUUGCAAGUUAUAGUGGAAAACGAGAAGCAGAUUGAGUUGUCAUUCACAAGAAUGUGGAAUCCAGCAGUCCAGGGUGAACAAGCUCCUUUAUAUAUUGAUAGAAGGUUUAUAGUAUUUCGUGAUGUCCCAGGAUUUUACUCGUAUGCCAUCUUUGAGCACACAAAAGACAUGCCUGCUUUCAAUCUUAACACAACCAGAAUUGCUUUCAUGCUCAAUAAAGAAAAGUUUCACUACAUGGCCAUAACAGAUGAUAGACAAAGAUUUAUGCCUAGUGCAGAAGACCGGCUUCCAGAGAGAGGCCAAGCGCUAGCCUAUCCUGAAGCAGUUCUCCUUGUUGAUCCUAUAGAACCUGAAUUCAAAGGAGAGGUGGAUGACAAAUAUCAGUAUUCACUUGAAAACAAAGAUAAUCAAGUGCAUGGAUGGAUAUGUUUUGACCCUCCUGUGGGAUUUUGGCAAAUCACUCCUAGCAAUGAAUUUCGAACAGGAGGACCCUUCAAACAAGAUCUAACCUCCCAUGUGAACCCGACUAUCCUUGCUAUAUUUCUAACUUCCCACUAUGCUGGUCCAGAUCUUUUGGUAAAAUUCGAGCCUGGUGAGGAGUGGAAGAAAGUCCUCGGGCCCGUGUUCACAUAUUUUAAUUCUAUAUCAGACAAAGAUAUGGCUCUAUCGCUUUGGGAUGAUGCAAAAAGACAGAUGAACAAAGAAGUCCAAUCCUGGCCGUACUAUUUCCCAGCUUCUGAAGAAUUUCCUAAGUGUGGUCAAAGAGGCAUAGUUAAAGGUCGAUUGUUAGUACAAGACAGAUACUUAAGCGAGGAAAAUUUACCUGGAAAAGAUGCAUAUGUAGGACUCGCAGCCCCAGGAGAUGCUGGAUCAUGGCAAAGAGAGAAUAAGGGUUACCAAUUUUGGACUACAACAGAUGAAGACGGCUACUUUUUUAUUAAGAACAUACGUGCAGGCUUAUAUAGUCUUUAUGCAUUGGUAGCUGGAUUUAUCGGGGAUUACAAGUAUGAAGUUGUAAUAACUAUAACAGAAGGUUGUGAUAUUGAGUUGGGUGAGCUUGUUUAUGAGCCUCCAAGAGAUGGUCCUACCUUGUGGGAGAUCGGUAUCCCUGAUCGCUCUGCUGCAGAAUUUUAUAUUCCCGAUCCAAACCGAAAAUAUGUUAACAAACUUUAUAUAAAUCAAGACAAAUUUAGACAGUAUGGUUUGUGGGAGAGAUAUGCAGAGUUAUAUCCCGAUAAUGAUUUAGUCUACACAGUUGGAGUUAGUGACUAUCAGAAGGACUGGUUCUUUGCUCAGGUUAACAGGAAGAUAGGCGAAAAUGCAUAUCAAAGUACUACAUGGCAAAUCAAGUUCAAGAUUGAUAAUGUAGAUCAAGUUGGAGCAUACACAUUGCGGUUGGCGCUUGCAGCUGCCAAUCAUGCUGAAUUGCAGGUCGGGAUCAACGAUCCAACAACAAAUCCUCCCCUAUUUUCAAGUGGAGAAAUCGGAGGAGAUAAUGCAAUUGCAAGGCAUGCUAUUCAUGGAAUCUAUUGGUUGUUCAAUGUAACAAUACCUGGUUUUAUACUUUUGGGAGGAGAAAACACCAUAUUUUUGACACAAACAAAGACCGCGAACACUUUCCAAGGGAUUAUGUAUGACUAUAUUCGCUUGGAAGGUCCCUCAUGCUAGAGUGAAAACCUUUGAUUUUUCCACACAGAAAAUCCUAGUAGAACUACUCAUUUGUUGCCACAAAUAAAAAAGAUUAUACAUAUCUAUAGCAUUCUCGCCUUUUUAACUAGAAAUGCACUAUUUUGAUAGGGACUUCUUUAAGUUUGACAUCCUGAUAUGGAUUUUACUUGCUAUUCCUUUCUCAGGUCUUGACUUUUACUUUAUUGUUAUUGUUGUUGUUGUCCGCCAAUUUACUUAAUGAUCUAAACUCGGAGUUCAUGGUGUCAA